AUGGCAGAACAACAGCGAAAAAUCGAACUCCAAUCACCAGAUGAUCUUCAGUAUCUCGUUGUAAAUGUGAAGCGCGUGGCGAAGGAAAUGAUCGAUAGGGAUUUACCGCCGAUUGAGGGGGAGGAUGCGAUGAGGACUUUGGUGGAAGAGAUUGUUUCUGAGUAUAUACAGAAAACCUUCAACACUGCCUCCCCCAGCAUCUCCAUAAACGGUAUGUCGCCCCCGCGCAAACUUCUCGAUCAGACCCAUACCGAAAAAGAUAUAAUAGAGGAACGCGAAGAACAUGAGCCGUUCGAUGGACAAUUGUGGGAGAAAGCAAAGGCACUAGCGAUUCGGGAGGAGGAAUUGGUGGAGCAGGUGGCGGCGCUGAGGAGGAAUGUGCCGGGAGUGGUGGUUGAGAGGGAAGGGGGGUGGAAGAGGGGGGUAGAGGGGGAGGAGAUGGAGAUAGAGGGGUGGAGGGAGAAAUUGGGGGAGGAUGAUGAUGAUGAUGAUGGUGGGGGGUUAGAUCUGGGGUUGCAGUGGAAUGAGAGGCAAGUGCAGGUAGAGGGCGAUUGGGAGAGGGGGAUUACUGGAUUGCAGGGGUUGAAGAGAGGGUUGCCGGAGGUGGGGGCGAGGAGGGAGAGGGUUGGGAGGGCGGAGGAAUAUGUUAGGGGGACGGGGAGGAAAGGUUAG